ACAGUUAAGUUGAACAAAGGUCACGUGGUGUUGUUACUCAUUUAUAAAAUUGUUAGUUUUUAUCAUCGGUAAUUGUACGUUGUAAAUUAUAAUUGUGUAGGUUUUUAGAGAAUUAGGUUUAUGUCAAAAUUAUCAGUGAUUUGGCAAAUUUGGCACAAUAAGAAAUUGAUAGAAAAUGAGCGACUUAAUAUCAAUUCCCCUUAAGAAACCUUCAGAAGUCGAUAUUAUUAAGCCGUUAAAAAAUCUAAUUCAGUCAAGGUAUAGCACGGCGGAUAAUCCAGAAGAUUAUAGUGAUCAAAUAAACGAAUUGUCUAAACUUAGAAAUAACGCAAUUUGGAGGGCCUUUGAAAAGUAUGAAAGUUCAUUAGAAAUAGUGUAUGGUUAUUAUGAUCAGUUGGUUGCACUUGAAAGUAAAUUACCAGUACAGGAAGUGCAAAUACCAUUUAAAUGGAAAGAUGCAUUUGAUAAGGGCUCCAUUUUUGGUUCUAGAAUUAGCCUAACAAUAGCUUCACUUGCUUAUGAAAAAGUUUGUAUAUUAUUCAAUAUAGCAGCUUUACAAAGUGCAGUUGCAGCUAAUCAAGGAGUUGACAAUGAUAAUGGACUUAAACUUGCAGCAAAACUUUUGCAGCAAGCUGCUGGUAUCUUCAAUCACCUGAAAUCAAUUGUUAUUGUUGCUAUCCAACAAGAUCCUACACCUGAUUUGAACCCUGAUACUUUGGGGGCAUUAUCAGCAUUGAUGCUGGCCCAGGCACAGGAAAUUUUUGUUCAAAAGGCAAUUCUUGAUAAAAUGAAAGACCAAGUUAUUGCAAAAUUAGCUGCAUACUGUGAAGAUUUGUAUGCAGAAUGCUUGAAACAGUUUCAAAAGGAAAACUUAAAACCCUUGUGGGACAAAGAAUGGAUACCAACAAUAGCCGGGAAGCAAGCUGGAUUUCAUGCAAUCGCAGAAUAUUACCAAAGUUUAGUAUGCAAAAGUAAUAAAUCAAUUGGAGAAGAAAUAGCUAGAUUAACACAAGCAGUUGAACUUUUUAAAGCUGCUCAGUCACGAUCUGGAAAUAGUACAAUGUUCCAAGAUAUGGCAGCUAAAGCUCAGAGAAACCUGACUGAGGCCAAGAAAGAUAACGAUUUCAUUUAUCACGAGCGCAUUCCUGAUAUUAAUUCAUUAGAACCUAUUGGUAGAGCACAGUUAGCCAAAGCUUUACCUCUUACGCAUCCCUUGAGUCAGAAUUUCAAAGACCUAUUCAGUGAGCUUGUGCCAGUUUCUGUACAUCAGGCUCUUGCAGCGUACGAUCUUCGCAAAAAUGAAGUGCAAGGGGUCGAAAUAUCUAAACUUAGAGAUGCAACGCAGUUGUUAAACAGCAUUUUAGCUUCACUAAAUUUACCGGCAGCCAUAGAGUCAACAGAGGGUAAUCAGCUUCCUCCAUCUAUCUUAGAUAAAGCGGCGGCUGUGAACCAAUUGGGUGGAAUUUCGUCCCUUCAAGGUUUGAUUGCAGAAUUGCCUGAAUUAUUGAAGAGAAAUCAGGAAAUUUUAGAUGAGGCCGAGCGAAUGCUCAACGAAGAAAAACAGGCUGACGAAUCUCUGCGUGCUCAAUUCAAGGAGAAAUGGACCAGAACACCUUCGGACAAAUUGACUGAAAUGUUUCGUUCGAAUGCUGCCAAAUAUAGGCAAAUAAUCAAUAAUGCCAUCGAAGCCGAUAAGUCAGUUCAAGAGAAGUUCGAAAAACAUAAGUUUGGCAUGGAGCUGUUGAGUAAAUCACCUGAGGAGUUACAGAACGCAGUGCCUAAGAGUGCUGGGGGCUGUGUUAGCAAUUGUGAUGCAGUAACUGUUUUACGACAACUUAUGGAAGAGGUUGAAACGUUAAAAGCAGAACGCGAUGUUAUCGAAUCGGAACUGAAGAGUGCAACGAUCGACAUGAAAGACAAAUUUUUAGCAGCUUUAGCAAGUGAUGGGACAAUAAACGAACCAGCACUUUCCUUGGAGAAUAUAGGACAAACAUUUGGGCCCUUACAAAAACAAGUCAAAGAAAGUAUUGCAAAACAGGAAGAAUUGGUCGCUAAAAUACAAUCUGCUCAUGCUGACUUUGCUCGUGAAAGCGGUACAGGUGCCAGCAGCAGAGAAAAUAUGCUCAGUCAAUUGGCUGCAGCCCAUGAUGCUUUUAGGGAAUUACAGAACAACCUGAAAGAGGGCACAAAGUUUUAUAAUGAUUUGACUCAGCUCUUGGUUGUAUUCCAAAACAAAAUAUCUGAUUAUUGUUUUGCACGUAAAACUGAAAAAGAGGAACUAUUGAAAGAUUUAACCCAAGAGUCCAGUAGAUCUGCUCCACCUCCUACUCCAAGUACACCAUCUUACUACGGUGCGAAGCAAGAUGAGGCAUCUGCUAGUGGAGCUCCUCAAGCACCACCACCUUCUCAAGUACCGACGACAUUACCGUAUCCUGUUUACGUUACUGGAAUGCCUGUCCCCUAUGGUGCUUCUGUAAACACUCCAUAUCCGUCGUACGCUCCGCCUCCGUUACCAUCUGGCUAUAACCCAUACUCUACGCUUCCCUAUCCUGCAUCUUCAUACUAUUCAGGAUUUCCUCAAGGGCCCCAAAACUAUCAAGGACCGUCCAAUUAUCCACCCCAACAGCCUCCACCAACCAACUAUCAAAAACCUCCUGGCUGGUAAGGAAGGUGAUGUUAUUUCCAUGAUAUUCCUAUUUUGUCUAAUCCCCCCUAUAGUCUCAUUUUUUACGUUGUAAUCACGUAUUUAUUAAUUUAUCUUUAACAUUAUAAUUUUAAUCGCAAUAUACCUGUACACCUUAUACACUAACAUAGCGUGUCAGAUUAAGUCAGGCCUUAAAUAGAUGGUUCUAGUGUUGUAAUUUUUUAAUAAAUAUGUAAUUGUUAU